ACUUACACCUGAAGAGGUAGUAGCUAAGCCACUUACGCCUGAAGAGGUAGUAGCUAAGCCACUUAUGCCUGAAGAGGUAGUAGCUAAGCCACUUACACCUGAAGAGGUAGUAGCUAAGCCAAUUACACCUGAAGAAGCAGUUGCUAAGCCACUUGCGCCAGUAGAGGCAGAAGCUAAGCCACUUACACCUGAAGAAGCAGAAGCUAAGCCACUUACACCUGAAGAGGCAGUAGCUAAGCCACUUACGCCUGAAGAGGUAGUAGCUAAGCCACUUAUGCCUGAAGAGGUAGUAGCUAAGCCACUUACACCUGAAGAGGUAGUAGCUAAGCCAAUUACACCUGAAGAAGCAGUUGCUAAGCCACUUGCGCCAGUAGAGGCAGAAGCUAAGCCACUUACACCUGAGGUAGAAGCUAAACCAACCACACCUAAACUGACAAAAGUUGAGCUGAUUACACCAGAAAUAGAAGCAGAAGCAGUGAAAGAGGUUAGGUCAGUCUCACUAAGAAUAGAAACUAAGCCACUCACAGAAGAUAAGCAAGCCGUUUCUGAAACUAAGCCCAUCGAACCCAGAGAAGAGGAAAAAGCCAAGCCCUCUAUUCCCGAUCUGAAAACGGGAUCCAAGCCAGCACAGCCCGAUUCCGCCCCAACCAUUCCCGGAGUCAAAACCCAAGCCAAGGUCUCCAGCCCCGUAGCCAAGCCAGCAUUUCGUCCCGUCAUCCGGCUUAUCGACCUCGGGAGCGCGCGUCGUGUGUCUCCUCAGCCGGGCAGUAGUCGAUGGGGCUUUCCUACAGGACCGAGAGUGGUGUCCCCGAAGCACCCCCCCGUGCUCGCAGGAUCUCCCGAGUUCUUGGCUCCUGAACUGGUGCGGAGGCUUAACGUUGGUGUCCCUGCGGACUACUGGAGCCUGGGCGUGCUGAUCUACGUUCUGGUCAGCGGUCGAUCUCCCUUCCUCGGUGUCUCCCCUGAGGCGACCUGCAGGAACAUCCUCUCAGGAGAAGUGCGGUUUCCUGUCGAGCACUUCGCCUCAGUCACAGACGAGGCUUGCGAACUCACUCGCGAUCUCCUGGUUCAUGACCCUGCAAAGCGACCUGACCUCGAUCGGGUUCUGGCUCACCCCUGGUUUAAUAUGAAAGAGUGCGAGAGUGUCCUGCCCAUCCAAAGCCUGGCUGAUUUCUGCUUCCGAAGGUCGAAAGUAGCAACGUCGACACAAGAAGUCACUCCUCACACCCCACACUUCAGCUCUUCCAUUUAAUGAAUUAAUAAUUAAUAAUAAUAAGUAAAUAAUAAUCAAUAAUUCAUAAUUGACUCCAUAGUCAGUUACAACCAAGAUGUUGCAAUCCUUUUGGGGAUGGCAAUGUGCUGUGUUACUUUAUCCUUUCAAACAUGGGAACAGGAUCUGUAUCCGAUAUGUAAUCAGUUAUAGGAAUAAGCAUAAAUAAUGAUGGUAAUAACGACUGUGGAGAACGUUUUAAAGAUAUGAGGUAGGGAAUACAGGAGGAAUACGAGUAUGAGAAAUUCAUGAGGAAAAUUCACAACUGUAUACGUAGUAACCUUUGCAAAAGGAUACAAGUAUUUGUAAAUAAUAUAUUUUGGAGUAGAACAAUGUAUAUCAAUUAAUUUACAUUUCACGUCAAAUAGCAUAGGUUGAAUACAAAUAAUAUUUUUCAUCCGUGAUAACAGGAUAUCAUGAGGCUAAAUUUCCUAUGAUAAAACACAGGUCUUGUUCAUCUUGUGUUGUCUCCCUUCCCUCAAAUUAUGCAACUAUAAGUAACACUGUAUAAAGUGAAAUAUAUAAAUCAAAGGAACUUAGGAAUUAUGUUGUAGCUUAGUACUAUACUAGAUUAGGUUUAAUUAAUAUUGUAUUUUAGAAAUAUGCACUCUUACUGCCACAACUAGUUCUAAUAUAUGAAUGGUCUCAAAAUAAAAUUACUUUUUCAUGAAAACGUGAUUUAAUAAUCCUAAUAAAAGCGAUUGCAAAGUUACUAUGAAUUACUGUAGGCUAAGGAAAGUAAAGGUAAUGUAGAACUAUGAUGUACUUUCAUUCAUGUACUGCGACAAGAAGAUAACAAAUGUGAAUAACAUUAGCACAACUUAACUUUUAAAUAAAC